AUGGAAGCAACUUCAAAGACAAAGAAAGAGACAAAAAAGACAACGAAAAAAAACACUCUAGCAAAUGCAAGAACCGUGAAAACAUCGUCGUCUUCGAGUACACAGCCAUCGUCUGCAGAGCCACGGCAAAUAAAAAUAGAGAUCGCUAACACUGGAAAGAGCAACGGUGGUAUAUACGAUGCAUACGAUGCAAGUCCAGCCAUCAAAGAAAAACACAAGCAACAAAACUUGGAUGCAAGAAAAAGGGACCGGGCCCCAAGUACAAGUCAGAGAAUUUUAGGCAAGGCAAAAGAAAAGAUAGGAAUGUAA